AUGAACAGAGCCUGGGGUCAUGACCAGGGAACUGCUACUCUUAAAACACCCACCUCUCUGCUUCUUCAUCCUGAUGGUAGCUUUGAUUCAUUUGGAUACGAAGCGGAAGAAAAGUACGCCAACUUCCUUGAUGGUGAAGAUCGAGAUUAUCUUUACUUCAAACAUUUCAAAAUGGCACUACACAAGUCAGAGGUACAGUUCAUUCAUUUCUUUUCUUCCUUCCUUUUGCCACGCCUGAAGCGAAACUGCCAUAGACGGACUGUCUAUCACUAACUGUAACCUUGAAAUCAAUUCGAAACACCUAUAAAACUUAUUCACGAAAAAUAAUCAUAGGAGGAGGUAAAAGAUUAAAUUACUGCUGAUUGUCUCGACAAACACCGUAAAAGUAACAAGCACGGGAAUAUGCGGUUGUCGAAGAGGAGCCCGAGCGAUCAAAUCGGAGAGAAAGAAUUGAAUGCAAUAAAUGCAAUGAAAACAAUAAACACUUCAUUGCAAAAUGAUCAUAACAAACCAAGGCAACAGUGUUCAUGAUUUCAUUUGAUCUGUAAUCUUUAGGUAACAUCUCCAUCUGAGUUUGAUCAGUAAAAACAGAGACUGAGGGUCUCUCAGGGUCCUAAAUACUAAGCUAAAUAGUGCGCAUCGUUUCGGGUUUUGUAUAAGUUCUCCACUGAAGUUAAUUCGCAUCAAAAGUAUCAGACAAAAUCUUUGUCAAAUUUAUCUUCUCCAAUUACAGACAUUAGACAGAAAUACAAAGCUGACGGCUCGAAAUGGAAAAAAAAUUGAUGCUUUGGUUGUUUUUGCCCACUCAUUGAGGUAUCUCAAAGAUCGAGCUAUCGAAAUUAUUCGCGAGAGAACUGGAGACGAAAAGUAUAAUGAAAAGGACAUUCGGUGGGUCAUGACAGUGCCUGCCAUUUGGAGACCCGCUGCUAAGCAAUUUAUGAGAGAAGCCGCUUGCAAGGUAAUUACAGAGAAGUUACAUAAGUUUGCUUUUCCCUCUCUACGAUGAGUGAAGAGGUGAAAAUGAAACAAGGAAAGGAAAAUACAGGACGAGCUAGAAUACAGGUCACUCUGAUGCUGUCAGUUACUAACAUGGUCACAAAUUCUACUAUUAUCACAAAUGUAGGAAGUUUUGUUUUUUUUUUUCUCCUUGGAAGUGUUCGUAAAAAGCGAGAAACUUAAGUUUGAGAUUAGUCAGUGUUGUCUUAACGAAACUUUUUUGUCCUCAAUUACUUCCUUUUUUUGCUUCUACUUUGGAAGGCGGAGAUGGUAUCGAAUAAUGCCCCUGAACAGCUGCUUAUUGCCUUGGAACCAGAAGCAGCCUCUAUACACUGCAGAGAAAUGAAGAUGAGAGAAUUCGCUAAUGAGAAAGGGGAUGCCACUGUAUCUGACGUCUUUGCUCGACCUGGGUCAAAAUACCUUGUUAUUGAUAUCGGAGGUAUGAUUGAACUUUCAGAAAAAUGGGCCGUUUUGACGAUGUCAUACUACAAAAUAUCAAAACCUUCUCUUAUUUUUUAAAAACAGUAGUGUCUUCUUGAAAUCAUUUAAAAGCUUCCAUUUGUUUGUAAAGACACAGGGUUUUUUAGCAACGUGUGGCAAACUUGUAAUGGUAAUUGAACUGAGUGGAGUGGUGGGAUAUCGUCGUAACUCAUUUGAUACUGACCAAAGUGUAUUGGCUUAUAGCUUGUGGUGAUAACCUUCUUUCUCAAACCGAAUCAAAUGAAAACGACGCUGAAAUUUUAAAUACACUUGAAAAAUUCCUUGGUUAAAAACGGAUCAGUCUAUGGUCAAUAAUCUAAAAUGCUGAUGAAUUCGCAAGUAGGCAACAACAUUAAUGACACUAGGUCUUUAAAAUCAAAAAUAGAAAAAAAAAUUAAACGGCCACGGACAGCUGAUUUAGCUUUAGUGGGCUUCAUCAGCCCCAAGCAUUAUCAGCACAAAAUAUACUAAAUGUGAUCGAUCGUUCUCGUAAUGCGUUUUAUGUUGGACUCGCGCAAUAUGAAUGUAUGGGCUGAAGCUGUAAAUUAACUAGUGUUACAUUUGUUACUCUAAUAAAGGCGGAACUCUCGACGUCACAGCUCAUGAAAUCUUAACAAAUGGGAACAUUAAAGAAAUCCACCAGGUGACCGGAGGACCUUAUGGUGGAACUAAAGUUGACGAGGAGUUCGUUUCCCUACUUGAGAGGUUUUUCGGAACUUAUCAGGUGAAAAACUUCCGUGAAAACCACCCAGCAGAAUGGCUGGAGAUAAUGAAUGAAUUUGAGAUGAAGAAGCGAGGGCGCCGUGCUCAUGAGGGUGAAACAACCAGAAUUCGCCUUCCCCGAACCUUUACAGCACUGGUUUCAGAGCAAGGUGGGCCUGAUCUGGCAAGUCGAUUUGCAAGUUCCUGUAGAACUGACGAUGUCCAAUUCGUCAGAAAUGAAUACUUCUGCAUAGGACCGGCGGCCAUGAAAAAAUUGUUUGAACCGGUUCUGAAUGGAAUAGUGAAGCACUUGAACAACGUUCUUAAGCAUCGUGCGCUCCGUAGGCUACAAUUUUUCUUCCUUGUUGGAGGUUUCGCCGAGUCAGCGAUACUUCAGGAUGUAAUAAAGAAGAACUUUCACCGGAGGUAAGGCAAAUUUGACGUAAACGUUUGAACGGGAUGCAUUGGAGAUUGGGAUACUAUCUGAGGAGAAUCUUAACCUAGGUCGGAUUAUCCGAACCAAACGCACUGACAUGUUUUUCGAGUCUUUCAGCGCAAAGGGUCGUGGUCAAAGUACUUAAUUGCAAGCUAUCCUAAAAUUCAUCAAAUCAAAGAGUACUUUGCAACCAGGAGAGAUACGUGGCAUGGCUGAAAGCAAUUGACUUCUCGUGUAAAACAUGACACGUAAAAAGACUGUCAUCUUUGAUUUUUUUUCUCUAUUCACAGAUGCAAAAUUUUCGUUCCAAGCAACGCUAGCAUUGCAGUUGUUCAAGGUGCUGUGAUGUUUGGCCAAAGACCUGACAUUGUCGACUCCAGAAUCAUGUCUACGACUUAUGGCUUCAAGAUUAACCGCCCGUUUGAUCCCAGUCUUCAUCCAAUUAACAAGAAGCACUUCGUUGACGGCGUAGCCUACUGUAAAGAUUGCUUUGAGGUUCUUGUUAAAGAGAAUGACAUUGUGAGGACAGGUGAAAAGAAAGUCUUCGCUCAUUACCGCCUACUGAAAGGAAGUCAAACAGCUGCAAGGUUCAGUUUUUUCACCUCGACCGAUCCUGACGCCAAAUAUUCAACAGACGCUUCAGUUAGCAACCCGAUAGGAGAGGCUGUCGUCGAAUCGCCUGACGUUGCGAAAGGAACCAAGCGAAUGAUUGACUUGGCCAUAGAGUUUGGUGGGACUGAGAUUAAAGCUACUGCAAUAGACAGAAGCAGUGGGAACACUGCCACGGUUUAUCUCGACUUCCUGUGCAAUAAGGAUUAAAAACCAAAAAUCGCCGGAGAAGACUUGAAGUCCCCGUGUGAAUAUAUGACAAACCUGACAACGUUUAAGAGACACCACAUUUGUUAUCACUGGAUCAAGUAGACACCUUGUAUGGGUGUCCAUUGUGAAUAAAUCCCCGUCGCAACUAAACCUGACAUUUUGAGGCGUCUUUGAACUUCAUUACAUAAUUGAAACGCCAGAUUGCUAGAAAUCUUAUAAUACUUAGACCCAGUGGAGUGUCAAGAUAUCCACUGAAUUGCAAAUUCUUGAUUUCUUAGAAAGGAGUGAGACUACAAACUCGAACAAAACUGCAUUUAAGUUCAGUUUUGACUACGCCAGUCGGUUAAAAAUUGGCAUUACCACUGCAUGCGAC